AAAGAAGAGAGCAAAAGAUAGCAUUAGCAAACUGUUUUUUGAAGAGGUAGAUCUCUAAAAAGGUCUGAGUGCUUUGAGCUUACCCAACUACCUCAGGACACUGCAGAGAGAGCAGGAGGGAGGCAGGGGGAGGGAGGGAGAGAGAGAGAGAGAGAGAGAGAGAGAGAGAGAGAGAGAGAGAGUGUGGGAGCGCGAGAGAGCAAGAGAUAUCCAAGCCGGCGCACACCCUCUCUUUUGCUGCUACAACGGUUCCUUUCCACAUCGACGCUACUCUUAGCGUCACGCCUGUAAGCUGCGCGCUCACCCAGCGCUAGCCUUCCCCGUCUUGCUCCUCUCCCUAGUCGGACGCUGCAUUAGCGAGGGGGUGCUGAUCACCACGAGGAGAGAAGGAAAAAUAAAAAGAACUGGAAAAAUAGAAACAAGCCGAAGAGAGGAAAGAGAAACUGCGCACCACCCCUCCUCCCUCUAACCCACCUCGAUCAACCCAGCUACAACACCCCCACUCCUCCCAGCACCCCCUUCCAUCCCCCACCCCACUCCCCCUCUGAAGAAAUUGACGGAUUAUUGGGAAGUGCAAGGGAGGCAGGCUGCAGCUGCUGCUGUGUGUGCUCACUACUGCUGCUGUGUGCUUCGCAGGGAUGGUGUGUGCGUUUGCAAUUGCUGUUGUCGCCACCACGGCUGCCGAGGCUGGAGUGUGUGGCUAGUUAAGAAGAGGAAAAAGCUAAUGAUGGCAGCGUGUGUCGCCUAGUCUUUUCAACCCCUUCCGAGCACUCCUGGUGAAAAGAAAAAAAAAGGAAAAUCAAGUGGACACGAUGCUACAUUGAGAGGGGAAGCAAAGGAAAGAGAGCGAGAAGGGCUGUCAGACUGACCAACUGAUUGACCACUAAAAAGUGAACAGAGGAAUACAGAGAGGAGGGGGUCUGUUUUCCCCCCCGGCUCGUCAACCUUUCUUCUUAACCAUCGCAAACAAAAGGCAAAGAACAUUGGAGAGGACUGUGGAAUUUUCAUUCAACCUUCUUCAAUCCCACCCCCAACUACCUCCCUCUUUUUGACCUUUCUGCCUUUGCUUUUGGUGCACAAACAAAUUGUGCAUGUUAGUGUGGUCAUCUGUGCUAUGGAGACCUGGGUAAGGUGUCUAGGAAGGGGAUCAACUGUCGAAUUCCAAGGACAAGCAAGAGAAGAGGAGCCGACAGCAAGAAGCGAGCAAGGGCGCACUGCUGCUUUGGGAGCCUGACUGGAUUCCUAUCUGCAAUCUUCUUUUUUCUUCUUUUUUUCUAAUCAACAAGGAAAGGGAGGGGGAAAAACUCACACAAGGGCCUUCGAACCUUUCUCUUUGGAUGUGUGGAUUUACAAAAGGGCUCAUCUUGGUUUAGCUCUUUGGCAUUGAUACACGUUUUGACAGAGCAAAUAUAAAAAAGGCUUUCUUUGCUGCUCUUGGGAUAUACAUACAUCAGAUGUGAAUACUACAGCUCUUUCUGAUUGCAAACAAGAGGGAAGCUAUUUAUCUCAGUUCAAGGACCUGUAAUAAUAACUUGAGGUAGGUGUCUAGUUUCAACCCCUCUUUGCAUCAAUUUGUAACCCUACCUUCUGUCUCGUAAUACAGUUUUUGGUUGCUUUAUUUAUCACCAUGUCCUUCUCAUACACACGUUUCGGAAAAGCCAGCCCUCUCUACCCUCCGUCUGCCCCUGAGCACAGCUCAUGGGAAUAAAAUCAUUGCUUAAUUGAGGAUAAGUCAAGUCCUCUUGUCGCUUAGCAAGCACCCAAAACCCACAUUUUCCCGUUGUCCUCUUCAGUUUCCUUGACUUAUUUGCUCUGGUCCCCUUAACACUACUACCAGCCAACCAGCUACUUUCCUUGAUCCCCAAAGCCCCCAAAACACCCCCAUCCUCCCCCUCCCCCCCCAGAUGAUGCUGAAUUAUGAAUGUGCCACAUCAUGAGUCUCCUGGGGCGGGUAGCUGUGCAUCGUGCCAGGAAAGCCGCCCUGCUCUGUGUAGUCUUCCUGAUGGCGCGAGCGUGGAGCAGCGCCUCCCUGGCCUUGGCGGGGGCGGCAGUGUCUCAGGGACCCCAGGGCUGUCCACCGCAGUGUUCCUGCAGUAAUCAGCAGGGGAAGGUGGUGUGCACCCGACGUGGCCUCACCCGUGUGCCCCCCGGCAUUCCAACCAACACGCGACACCUCAAUCUAAUGGAAAACGCCAUUGAGGCGGUGCAGGCUGACUCCUUCCGUCACCUGCACCACCUUGAGGUGCUCCAGCUUGGGCGAAAUGCCAUACGGCAGAUUGAGGUGGGCGCGUUUAAUGGACUUACCAGCCUCAACACACUGGAGCUGUUUGACAACCGGUUGACGGUGGUGCCCAGUGGGGCCUUUGAGUAUCUGUCUAAACUACGUGAACUGUGGCUGAGGAACAACCCCAUUGAAAGUAUCCCCUCCUACGCCUUCAACCGGGUGCCCUCCCUCAUGCGAUUGGACCUGGGAGAAUUACGGAAAUUGGAGUACAUCUCAGAGGGAGCUUUUGAGGGCCUACAAAACCUCAAGUACCUCAAUCUGGGCAUGUGCAACAUAAGGGGUGAAAUGCCAAACCUGAGUCCCCUCAAGGGCCUGGAGGAACUGGAGAUAUCUGAAAAUCACUUCCCAGAAAUAAAGCCAGGCUCCUUCAAAGGCCUGCGCUCACUGAAAAAGCUAUGGGUGAUGAACUCACAAAUCUCAGUGAUAGAGCGCAAUGGUUUUGAUGACCUAUCUUCAUUGGUGGAGCUUAAUCUUGCCCAUAAUAAUCUGAGCGGUGUGCCACAUGAUCUAUUUUCCCCGCUCAGGUACCUGGUGGAGCUCCAUCUCCACCAUAACCCUUGGAACUGUGGCUGUGAGGCUGUAUGGCUAGCACGCUGGCUAAGGGAGUACAUCCCUACCAACUCAACUUGCUGUGGACGCUGUCACUCACCUGCCAGCAUGAGAGGUCGACAACUGGUUGAGGUGGACCGAGGUGAGGGCGCUGCAGUCCAGUGUUCUGCACCAUUCAUUGCCGAUGCACCAAGGGACUUAAACAUCUCAGCAGGGCGAGUGGCUGAGCUUCGAUGCCGCACAGCCCCAAUGUCUUCAGUGCGCUGGCUCCUUCCCAAUGGGACUAUCCUGACACAUGCUUCUGGUCAUCCGAGAAUAUCAGUCCUCAAUGAUGGUACCCUUAAUUUCUCAAAUGUCCUGGCAGUAGACACAGGCACUUAUACCUGCAUGGUGUCCAAUGCAGCCGGGAACUCCAAUGCCUCGGCCUACCUUAAUGUGAGUGCAGCUGAGCUUAACACAUCCAAUUUGAGUUACUUCACUACAGUGACUGUGGAGGUCUUGGGGCCAACCACUGAGAUGCCCAAACCUAAAACUACUACAGCUGCUGCAGCAGGGGCUGGGGUAGCUGGAGGAGGGAUAGGCCAAGGGACAACAACUACAACUGCCUCUCCUUCCGUCUUUCAGCCAGUCUUCAUCUCCACACCAACUGUGCUGUUGCAAAGCACUGACAGCCCAUCAGGUGCAGCUAAGACAUCUGUGGUGCCAGUUGUCACUAGCAAGCCAGGCAAGUCUGGCCCUAGCUUGGAUGAAGUGAUGAAGACCACUAAGAUCAUAAUAGGUUGCUUUGUAGCGGUGACACUGCUGGCUGCUGUCAUGCUCAUCGCCUUCUACAAACUGAGGAAGCGCCACCAGCAAAGGAGCACAGUGGCAGCUGCGCGCACUGUGGAGAUUAUCCAGGUGGAUGAGGAGGACCUUCCUCCACCAGCGUCUGCAGCUCAAGAGUCAGCUCUCUCAUUGCCUGAAAUCCGGGACCAUAACAGCAUACACAAACUGGACUUUAUCAGCCACAAGACUGACUAUAGCUUUCACAAACCCAAGGCCGAAUACAAACCCCAACCUGAUUUUACCCUUCACAAGCCGAAGGCUGAGUAUACCACAUACAAGCCAAAUAUGGACUUCAGUAGCCACAAAUUCAUCCCAGAUUACAGCACUCACAAAUCCACACCAGAUUUUAGCCUUCAUAGACCAAAGCCUGACUACAGCCAAUUUAGGCAGGACUACAGCACUCACAAACCUAAAGCGGAAUACAGCCCAUUCAAACCAGACUUCGGCACUCACCCAAAAACUAAAACAGACUACAGCCCAUUCAAACCAGAUUAUGGCACUCAUCCUAGGCAGAAAACUGACCUCAGCCCAUUCAAACGAGAUUACAGCACCCAACCAAAACCUAAACAUGACUAUAGCCCGUUAAGAUCGGACUACAACACACAGCAUAAACCUAAGGCUGAAUACAGUCCAUUCAAGCCAGACUUUGGAACUCACCCAAGACCUAAACCUGAUUACACCCCAUUUAAGCCUGACUAUAGCACUCAGCCUAAACCCAAAAUAGACUACAGUGCCCAGAGAUCUAAAACUGACAGUACCUACAAACCCAAGGACCCUUAUUCUUCCCAUAAGACUGCAACUAAUUACAGCGCCUUUAACACUGACUUCAGCCCCCAGAAAGCGGAUUACAGCGCCUUCAAGUCUGACUUUAGUCCACACACUCAGAGACCUAAACUUGAUUACAGUCCACACAAAAUGGAAUACAGCCCCCAAAAAGUGGACUACAGUACUCUAAAGCCCAAAUAUAACACCUAUAAACCAACUGGCCAUGGGGCUAAAUGGACAGAAAACAAUAUUGGGAACUCUUUGCCUCGAACCAUGCCCAGCACCAUUACAGCAAUGGCUGAGCCCUUCGUCAUAAAAACUCACACCAAGGAGAAGGUGCAGGAGACUCAGAUUUAAAAAGCCCCCCUCAAAAUGCUCCCUCUCCUUUACCUAGAUUCCUAGCUCCCACCCACCACCGUCCCGUCAUUUCUUCAUAAAUUCAUGCAAUAGAAUGCACAACAAAAAAAGGACAGGAACUACUUUUUUGUACAGAGUGCAAACUUAAAGACUGAUGAUUUCUUGUUGUACAUGCUUAUAAAUAUAUAUAUAUAUAUAUAUUGAUAUAUAUAUAUGGACAAAUUGAAACUACCAUGGGCUGGUGAUAGAGAAACAUAUAUUAAAAAGAAAUUGAAACUAUUUUCUAACUUGUAACUUCUAUUUAAAACAAUGAGUUGUUUAAGAUGCUGUCUUGACUUUGACAAAUGAGGGUAGUCUUGUUUUAAAAAAGGGGCAUUCUGUGUGAUUUUUACACCAUGCUACAGAGAAUGCAGUGAUAA